UUCGUGAUAGCAUUAUCAGGAGGCCGCUAUCGACCGGUCGACGGCCAUCUUGCGACGCGCAUGCUCAAAAUAAAUGCGACAAAACUGAAAACUGACGUUUCCCUCAGAGCGGCAGUGCUAUCGUGAAAAACGAACGGAUCCGUUACUAAUACAGUAAAUAUUAGCAGGAUUUUUUAUUAUUUAAAAACCUAAAAAAAUUAUGCACGCGUUUAAAGGAUUUUGAAGACUUAAUUGGUUACAAAACAUCAGCUCCGUCGAUUCGGAAACAGCAAAAUGAUCGACCCGAGCUCAUCUGAAGAAGACAGUGAGGAUGAACACAAGAAACAGCCAGUUAAAUUACCAGUUGUGCCUCCUGGUGCAUUGGCCGGGGGUCGUCCAUCCGUCCGCGGGAAACCAGAGCUUCCACGGGGGUCAACGGCUGGACUUGCAGGUCCUAGUACAUUGACGGCAUCACAACUGGCGGCACCUCUUCAUCCUGCUACCAGACAGAGGGAGACAGCAGCUCUGGCCCCACCACCACACGCAUCUUUCUUACGCAGGACCUCUACGGGCAGUGCUAGCUCGGGGGAGGCGCCUGCGCCCUCACCCAGCCCCUCUGGAGCCAGCCAUUCUGACAAGGACCAAGAUCCACAGGAAAAGAUAGAAAAGUUAGAAGAGGACAAGAAAAGGCGUCUCCAACUCUAUGUGUUCGUCUCGAGGUGUAUAGCUCAUCCCUUUAACGCGAAGCAGCCCACAGAUAUGACGAGGAGACAUACGAAGCUGACUCCCCAUCAACUUGAAACCAUACAGGCUCGAUUUCAGGCAUUCCUCAAAGGCGAAACUCAGAUAUUGGCGGAUGAAGCCUUCCAGAACGCCGUACAGUCUUACCACGACAUAUUCUUGAAGUCAGAGAGAGUGGAGCAGAUGGUGAAGUCCGGAGCUUGCUCGCAUCACGACUUCCGAGAGGUCUUCAGGAAUAAUAUCGAAAAAAGAGUCAGGUCUUUGCCGGAAAUCGACGGACUCAGUAAAGAAACAGUGCUAUCGUCGUGGCUGGCAAAGUUUGAUUGCAUUAUGAAAGGAACCGGAAUACCUGGGGACGACGACUCCAAGAGGCCAUCCCGGGCCCAGCAGCAGAGCUUGAACGCGGAGUGCAUCCUCAGUAAGGAGCAGCUUUACGAUAUGUUCCAACAGAUUCUCGGCGUGAAGAAAUUUGAACACCAACUGCUGUUUAAUGCCUUAUUGCUGGACUCAGCAGACGAACAAGCGGCUGCCAUUAGAAGAGAAUUAGACGGUAGAAUGCAAAAAGUUAACGAAAUGGAGAAGAAUCGGAAGCUGAUGCCGAAGUUUGUGCUUAAAGAAAUGGAAUCCCUGUACAUUGAGGAGCUGAAGUCAUCCAUCAACCUCCUCAUGGCGAAUCUGGAGUCCCUCCCCGUGUCGAAGGGAGGGGCCGACUCCAAAUACGGACUCCACAAAAUCAAGCGGUAUAACCACAGAUCAAAUGCCGGACCGGAUCCGAGUCCAAGGUUGAGUAAGCAGCUAUGUUUCAGAUCCCAAGGCUCUUUAGCCAACAAACUGACGGGAGAAACGGACGGCGAAGUUGACACGCAGCUCACCAAAAUGGACGUUGUGCUAACAUUCCAAAUCGAGGUAGUCGUCAUGGAGGUUAAGGGUCUGAAGUCAUUGGCACCAAAUAGAAUAGUUUACUGCACUAUGGAAGUGGAGGGUGGUGAUAAACUGCAGACUGAUCAAGCUGAGGCGUCCAAGCCUAUGUGGGACACGCAAGGUGAUUUCAGUACGACGCAGCCUCUUCCAGCCGUGAAAGUGAAACUUUACACAGAGAACCCCGGAGUUUUGGCUUUGGAAGACAAAGAACUGGGGAAAGUGGUCUUAAGACCUACACCGUUGUCUAGUAAGGCGCCGGAGUGGCACAGGAUGACGGUUCCGAAGAAUCUACCUGACCAGGACUUGAGGAUCAAGAUCGCGUGUCGGAUGGACAAGCCUUUGAAUAUGAAGCAUUGCGGCUACUUGCACGUAAUAGGGAAGAACGUGUGGCGGAAAUGGAAACGCCGGUACAUGGUGCUCGUGCAGGUCAGCCAGUACACCUUCGCGCUUUGCUCCUAUAAAGACAAGAAGUCAGAGCCGGCCGAGAUGAUGCAGCUCGACGGCUUCACUGUCGACUACAUAGAGCUCGCAAGCGCCCAACUCAUCGUUGGACAAGAACUGGAAGGCGCGAAGUACUUCAUGAACGCGGUCCGCGACGGAGAGUCGGUGCUGAUGGGAACCACAGACGAGAACGAGUGCCAUCUGUGGGUGAUGGCGUUGUACAGAGCGACGGGACAAAGUCACAAACCCACUCCCCCCACCACGUCCGAUACGCAUCACAAGAUAAUGGGAGACGCAGACAAAGCUCGUAAGCACGGAAUGGAGGACUACAUCCAGGCGGACCCGUGCCAGUUCGACCACCACCAACUGUUCUGCACGCUGCAGUCGCUGACCUUGAAAUAUCGACUACAAGACCCUUAUUGCUCGCUGGGUUGGUUCUCCCCCGGCCAAGUGUUCGUCCUGGACGAGUACUGCGCCCGGUACGGAGUGCGAGGCUGCUAUCGACACCUCUGCUACCUCUCCGACCUUUUGGACGUGGCGGAGAGCGGGCAGCAGACCGUGGACCCGACCCUCAUGCACUACUCCUUCGCGUUCUGCGCCAGCCACGUGCACGGGAACAGGCCAGACGGCGUUGGCAGCAUCACCGUCCAGGAGAAGGAGAAGUUCGCCGAGAUCAAGGAGCGGCUGAAGACGUUACUGCAACACCAAAUAACUAACUUUAGAUACGCAUUCCCGUUCGGAAGACCGGAGGGAGCUCUGAAGGCUACGCUGUCGCUCUUGGAGAGAGUGCUGAUGAAAGACGUGGUGACACCGGUGGCGCCGGAGGAGGUGCGGACAAUGAUACAGACGAGCUUGGAGAACGCGGCGCUUCUGAACUACACGCAGCUCAGUCAGAAAGCCAACAUCGAAGAAGAUCUCAGAGGCGAUACCAUGGUAACGCCAGCUAAAAAAUUAGAAGAUCUCAUACAUCUGGCAGAACUCUGCGUUGACCUACUACAGCAAAACGAAGAACAUUACGCGGAGGCAUUUGCAUGGUUCUCUGAACUUCUGGUGGAACACGCUGAGAUCUUCUGGGCUCUGUUCGCCGUGGACAUGGACCGCGUUCUGUCCGAGCAGCCACCGGACACAUGGGAUUCGUUCCCACUCUUCCAAAUAUUAAACGACUAUUUAAGAACAGAUACUGAUACCGAAGGAACAUACCCAAUGGAUAAUUUAAAAGGUGGCAGAUUCCACGAACAUCUCCGAGAUACGUUUGCGCCAUUGGUUGUACGUUACGUGGACCUGAUGGAGAGUUCUAUAGCUCAAUCACUUCAUAAAGGUUUCGAAAAGGAACGAUGGGAAAUAAAGGGUAAUGGCUGCGCGACUAGCGAAGAGUUGUUCUGGAAGCUGGACGCGUUGCAGUGCUUCAUCAGAGACCUUCACUGGCCAGAGCCGGAGUUCCGUUCACACCUUGAACAGCGGCUCAAACUCAUGGCUAGUGACAUGAUGGAAACUUUAAUACAGAGGACCGAGGCUGCUUUUCAGUCGUGGUUGAAGAAGAGCGUCACUUUCAUGUCCACGGACUACAUACUGCCGGCCGAGACGUGCGCGAUGGUCAACGUUGCGCUGGACGCGAAGAAUCAGGCCCUCAAGCUCUGCGCCGUUGAAGGGGUGGAUAUUUAUCAGUACCACGCCAAAAUGGACGGUCAAAUCGAGGCCUGUCUAGUGGCGAUGGCAACUGGCAUGACAACAAGGCUGUCCGCUGUUCUCGAAGCGACCUUAGCUAAGAUUGCAAGAUUCGAUGAGGGAAGCCUUAUCGGUUCCAUCCUUACAAUAGCCAACGUGUCCGGCUCUGGCAAGGACAUCGGUCAGGGCUACGUCAACUUCAUGAGAAACUCCAUGGACCAAAUCAGAUCAAAGGUAACCGACGAGCUCUGGAUCCUGCAGCUCUUCGAGCAAUGGUACGGAAACCAGGUGACGAUAAUCAACAAUUGGUUGUCAGAACGACCGGCGUUACAUCCUCACCAGGUCGCCUGCCUCUCCAUCUUGUUAAAGAAAAUGUACAGCGACUUCGAGCUACAGGGGGUCAUUGAUGACAAGUUAAAUUCUAAGACGUACCAGGGCGUCGCGGCCCGGAUGCACACUGAAGAAGCGACGUGCAGCCUGCUGCUGAGUCAGCAAGACGGCGGUGGCGGUGACGAUGGUGGUUCCGAAGAAGGCUCAAGAGGUGGAAAGUCGAAACUAGAAGCCCUCACCGAGGAAGCUAAGCUAGGCAACGUUACGGCUGUAGUUGGAAAGGUUGGAAAUAUGUUUGGUCGCGGCAUAGGAGAACUGUCAACGAAACUAGGAGGCGCUUCGUCAUGGUUCUAGUAUAUUACGUUUAGUAUUAAAAUCAUCAUGAACAUAAAGAAGUCGAUAACGUAUCGAUCGAAAGGAUGAGGACAAGCUUUUUGUUGAAUUGCAUUGUGAAAACACCUUGAAUACAAUAAAACGAUGCAACUAACAAAAAAGCUCAAAUAUUCUGUGAUGAUAAAAAGAGUUCGUUUGCAAAUCUAUGCAAGAAUGUCCGCCAUUUUGAUAGUGUCUAAGUGUCAACAUAAUGGCGUAUUAACCAUUAGAAAUUAAAAAAAUAUAUAAAUAUAUAUAUUAUUAUAAGUGGCCAGUUGCAUACUUAGCUUAUUAGUGUGAUUACUAAAAUUUAUUAGAUACGAUAUUUAUAUUUUAUUUUAUAAAGGAAGCUUUAUGUACAGUUAGAAUGUCAUUUCUUUAACGACAAAAAAAAUAUUGGACGUGUAUGUAUAUUAAAGUUGUAGUAUUUGAUAACACUAUUGAUUAAAUUAAUGGAAAAAAAUGUAUUGAAGCGUAAACACGAGGCUACAAUAAGGAAACAUAUCGCUUUGGCUAAUAAUCUUAUGUUCUAAAAUUAUGUUUAGGAUUGUUUCGAGUUAGGUGAGGGCGGACUGCGUGCACGUCGAAAACAUAUUGAUAGAAUCCAUUUAAAUCGUGAUUAUCACCUCCCAAACAGUUCCUCGUCUAUUCAAUCUCAUAACUGAAUUAACUAAACAAUUUUCGAACACACGUUCAAAUAAAACACUUCUUGUACCGUACGCGUAAAUAAAACCUACUGAAAAUGUUGCCAUGUUGCCAAAAGUGCCUAAUUUUGGCAGCAGACUUCUUUGACAGAAUUCAAUGAGAAGCUGAGUUAAAAUUAUUUUGUUUUAAAAUUACGGCAAAGAUCUUGAAAUUGUUUUUGGAAAUGUCAGUAAUACUUUCUAGACUCAUUAAAUUAAAACUUAGAGUUUCGAACGAACUUUCGUGGACGUUUCUAGGUUCAGAUAUUUUUCUCUUGGAACUUUUAACCUUUUUAAAUAAUUAUUGACAAUCUUCUUAAAAAAACAGGCUUUUGAAUUUAAACUUAGAAAAAGAGUACUAUUUGAACAGAUCUAAUUAUAUUUCGCUACAGCAACGUUUUCAAAUUAAACCGCUCUUUUCUAGUGCAUUCUAUGUAGAGAAAAUAAAACUAUUUACAUUAUAAUCUUAUUGAUAGUCGUUAUUGAUAACAGAAUAAAUAUUCUUCUACGCUAAUAACUAAUAACUUUCUAUUACAGUAUAUUAGUAGGUUCUACCAACCUAGUACAAAAUUGAUGAUAAUAAAUGUGGAUUGUGCUGAUUCGUUGGGAAGCGCUUGUUAUGAAAUUUAAAAAUGAUUGUGAUUCCUUUAUCCUUUUUUUAACCUCCAUUUAAUUUGCAAAUCUAUUCUAAAAUAUAUCUUGAAGAAUUCGAAAUUAACUGUAUCAAAAUUUUUUGUUUUUAAAUAAUCAUGAUUUUUUAUUAAUCUUAGAUUUAUUCUUGUCUUACUUGUCACCAUCAUUUAUGGUAUUCUAUGUUUGUAUUAAAAUGCGUGAGCAGGGUAGGUCGUCAUUAAAAAAUAAAUAAAAACCACCCUUAAGAAAAAAAAACAAUUAUUUUAAAUUAUAUUAUUGCAUUGAUAUAAUUGGUAUUGUAUUGAUGGCUGAUGAUCUCUAGGCCCUCAUGGUGUUAAUAUGGUUAUGUGGUUACAGUGACAUGAGCCCAGUAGUCGUAAGACGUAUAGAGGUAAGAGCAUAGUUCACUAAUCGGUCUGUGUCCAUACCUUAAUGAACCACAUCACACAAACCACAGAUAAUCUUGAACCACUUGAUAUUCAUUUUCACUUUUAAAACUUAAAUAUUUUAUCAAAAAUUUUACACUGUAAAAUAACAGCUUAACACUAUUGUACACAGUAACUUAUUUUAAUCAAUGUUCACAAGACCAUGGAGUAUUUGUGUAAUGCUUAGUGUUUACAAAAUAAUGGCUCAAAAAUAAUGAUAAUUUUUGACAGAUGUUAUCGUUGCUACUAAAUUUCUCACAUCAGCUAGUUUUCUUUCUAUCUGUAUGACAACUUGAGUUUGAAGUUAAUUACUACUUUAUUUAAAACAAUCCAGGAUUUAAGAAGAAACUUUUUUUCCGAAAUGUUAAAAUUGUCAAAUUAAUUAAUUUAAUUUGUUGAUCAGUACCUAAUAAUGAACAAAUUUAGUUUAGUUUAUAGUAAUUCUACUAUAAAACAAAAACAAAUUUAAUUAAAAAUAAAUAAAUGUGUGUAUGUCCAUAAAAUGCAAAAAGCAUUUAAAAAGUAUCGUAGAGGUCGUCAGUUCCAAUAUUAACGUGCCCGAUUUAUUAUAAAAGCUUAGAAAUGCGUGUUUAUUAAUGUUCUGGAACAUUGGUAAUGGGUAUUGGUAUAACGUGCCUCCAAUUAAAACAUGGUCACCAAAUUUUUCUCACUAAAAUAUUCAAAACCACCAUUGCGAGUUAUCUGUUUGCUUAUAAGCUGUUGAGUACAUCGCAAGUGUAAAGGAUACAAUAAAUAAUAUUUACAAUAUAAUUAAAAUACAAUGUUUACUGUU